CUACAAGCAGCACACGCAGCAGAGCGCACAAAACCGAACCGGGGAAGAUUAUAAUGCUAAAAAGUUUGAGGACCAAAAACUUUUUCUAAAACCAGUCGAGUUUUUGCCUUGCGCUGAUUAACACACAUUUUCGGGGCCCCUUGGCGCGUAGAAGCAGCUAUAGCCUAGCGUAGAGCCUUCCUUCUCUGCUUACGACGGUGCGUCGACGGCAAGCAAAAGUGUGUUCGGGGUUUGGAGUUUUUCGCGCCGCGAUCCCUCCAAUCACUCGUGGUGGUUCUAUUUGAAGAGAUUUUUUUGGUGGAGAUUUUUUUUUUGUGAUUCGUGUUUACCGAUCGUCAUCGUCAGUGACAGCAUAAAAAGUGUUCUUAGCAAUUGACUUAGAAGGGGGUGGCAAGUGCAUUGGUUAAUAACAGUUUGGCGCUUAUUGGAAAACGCGCGCGCCUUUCGAAAGACGGUUUUUGCGUCAUGCGAAUGACAUUAUUUUCGGCGGAAGAGUUAUCAAGAGAUUCUAUGCGCUUGGUUGGGUUUUGAAUAACCCGGAAUAGAACACCGACGACCUGCACGAGAACGGAGCUGCGGUGACGAGGAGCGCUUUCCGUCCGUUUCGAAGAGUCGUUCGCCCGCACCCGCGUGUUGCAGCAGAGCUUCGUUUUUUUGGGUUCGUUUUUUGAGUCAUCGGUCUCUGUUGUUAUGCGAAUUAUUUUUUCGCUAUAUACCACAUAAAACAGAGGCGUCCUGCUCUCCACCCCCGCGCAUCAUCGAACGCGUCCGUCCGCCACUUUGGGACCGUUGUCGUAAAAUUCUUCGUACGUGAGAGCUUGCGGCGGCAAAGGUUUUUUUUUUCGUUUUUUUGAAAGCAAUUUUUGCCCCUUUUUCCGCUGUCUAUCGCCGUCGAGAGAAGAGAACCCAAAACAACUGAGAAAAUCCAGACAUCUGAAGGGAAAAACGUGAAAGAAACGUCUGCGUAGUGUGAGUGAUACGAAAAAGUGCUGGAAAAACGAUUUGCAUGGUUUAUCGACCGAAAGGAAAAUAAACAAAAGAAAAAAUAAACUUCAAAGUGAUAAGACCGGAAGUAAACAGUAAACGUGGGUGAUCUAUAUGUGAAGCGCGUACAGUGACGGUGUGGUGUCCUCGAGUAGUUGAAUGUGGUUCGUGAAUACCGAAGUCGUGCCUUACCGUGCAGUUCUGUGACCGUUUGUUGGGUCACGCUACAAUCCGCCAACAUUGAUCUUUUUUCGUCGCAACCCGUCCCCGGAAACGGCUCCAAGAUUCUCUCCCUACAACAUCACCACCACCCCCAUCAUCCCUCGGCCGGCACCCUGGAGGGUCGAACGAUCGAAUAUCGGCCCGGCGGCGGGUUGGACUACCACAACUCGCCGCUGAUGGCCGAAAUCCCGACCGGUGACUACAGUCACAUCCACCGUUCCAUCGACCAGCUGCGGUCGAUGAACGAACGUGGAAUGCUUGGUCAGCUGAAUGCCCUGACGGCCGGCAACUCGACAGACCUGCGAUCGGCCAUCGCCGUCCACGAGUACAAACCGUACAUCAGCGAUUUGCGACAGCAGCAAAAUAUCGAACGAAUCGACUAUGCCGCCGUGGUGCACAAACAGGCCCUGGACGAACAGCACCGGAUAGCCGCCAACAACAACAACAAUUCGGACAACGAUCUACGCCACCAGGAGGAUCAGAAGCCGGUGCUGCAUUACAGUGCGCCUUCGACGCCGCCGACGCCACUGUCCAUCAGCGAGACGCAGAUGCACGAGUCCAAGCGAUAUGGAAUGAAAACAAGCCGCAAUCGAAAGAUCUUCGCCAACAAGGGUGACAUCCAGCUGCACGGCGGCCAGUUGCACAUGCGUGAAACCAAACCCUACAAAUGCGCCCAAUGUACAAAGGCGUUUGCCAACUCGAGCUACCUGUCGCAGCACACCCGGAUACACCUCGGCAUCAAGCCGUACCGGUGCGAGAUUUGCCAACGAAAGUUCACCCAGCUGUCGCACCUGCAGCAGCACAUACGGACCCACACGGGCGACAAACCGUACAAAUGUCGACACCCGGGCUGCCCGAAGGCGUUCUCCCAGCUGUCGAACCUGCAGUCCCACUCGCGGUGCCAUCAGACCGACAAACCGUACAAAUGCAACUCCUGCUACAAGUGUUUCACCGACGAGGCGUCUCUGCUGGAGCACAUACCAAAGCACAAGGACUCGAAGCACCUGAAAACGCACAUCUGCCAGCUCUGCGGUAAGUCGUACACCCAGGAGACCUACCUCGCGAAGCACAUGCAGAAGCACGCCGAGAAGGAGGAGAAACGCCGAAAUCGGGGCAACAACAGCAAUAACAACAACAAUAAUAAUAACAACAACAAUUCGGCGGUGACGGUUGCGACUCCGGGGAUCUCGGCGGUAGAUGCGGCAGCUGGACUAGCAGGCCUAGCUGGAUUAGGCCUGAACCGGAUGGGUGGCAUGGUUGGAAACGCAGCUGCUGCCUCGCUCGUAGGUGUAACGUCCGCUGGUGGGGAUCAUCCCUACUGGCCCAAGGUCAGCCCUGAUUCGGCAGCAUCUCUAGCGGAAGCCAUGCAGCAGCAACAACAGCAACAGUACGACUUCGCAAUCCAACAACAGCAACAGCAGCAACAACAGCACGGCGGUAGCAAUCAAGGAGCUGGAGGCGGCGGUAGCAAUCCCGGGAAUGAUCACCAUCGUAACUUGAACGGCAACUCGGGCAGCACAGACGACGUCGGCGAAGACCUGGUCGUAAUCCGGCAGAAUCCUCAACAGCAGCAGCAACAUGUGAACAAUCAAACCCCAACCUCAUCGGCAGCGAACGUGGUCGUGACGAGCGGAUCGUACGACGCGUCGAGUGUUACCAAAACCACUACCAACUCGGCGUUCACGCCGAUCAACGUUAUGCCUCCGCACCUGAACUCGCUGGCAGCGGCCCAUCACCAUCAGCAGCUGGCGGCAACGCAGAGGCCACCCUACCUGUACGACGCCAUCAGCUUCCAGAACCAAAAAACGAUCCAGCAGACGGCCGGAAACGGCGGCGGUGGCGGAGGAGCCGGCGGAAACAGUUUUCCCAAUCAGUUGAUUUCGCUGCACCAGAUCCGGAACUACGCCCAUCAGCCGACGAGCGGGUUGAUAUCGGGGGAGCAUUUGCUGAUGGGCGGCGUCGGGAAGACGGAGAAGCAGUAGAUGGGUGGGACCCGGGGGGAAGCGUAAAUGUGGUUGAUGGAUGGUAGGGGGGAUUGAGAAGGGGGUUAUGUUUUGCGGGGUAGAGUGGGAUUGACGGAAAUACGGUGGAGAAACGAUACCUCGGUUUGAGCUUUGUCGGCUUUGUGACGUUCCGUAGAUGAUGAUCGUUGUAGAGGCGGGGAUUGAUGGGGAAGUCGAAUCAAUGUACAAAUCCUUUUUAAAUGGCACAAGUAUUGAUUUUUACGAUCAUUCUGUACGGAAUGGCAUAGUAUGGUGUUGGUCAGUUGACAGUGAUAAGUAGAACAUUCGGUACGUACAAUUCAAGUUAUGAUAGUUUUUUUUUUAUUGAAAUUCUUACUAGAAUGUAAGGAAUCGCAAAAGAAUUCAAUACAAAUGUCUUACUUGUCGAUUUUGCUUUUCAAUUUACAUGGUGCUGAAAUCUAGAGGGCAGAAUCCUCCAAAAGCACUUAUGCGAGAUUAUUUCGCAGGUUCUUCAGGAAUUUGUAUAUAGAUUCCUCGCGGUAAACCUUCCUUCAGAAAUUAUUCUAGUAAUUUCUUCAGAGUUAGUAUUUUGGAGUUCGUUUAAGGACUCUUCUACUUUAAGCAAUUCUUUUUUAGAUUUCCCCUCCAAUUUUUAAGGAUCUUAUCCAGAAGUUCCACCAGCAGUUCUUUGAGGGACACUUAGAACAAUUUCUUUGAAAAUUGCUCCAGUAAAUCAAACGCUACUACUUCCAGGAUUUUCCACAGAAUUUUUUUUUCCUAGGGCCUGUUCCAGGUUUGAAUCCCAACGAUUUCUCCAGAUGUUACCCUAGCAGGUUUUCUCAAGAUUCCUACAAUAGUUCCCAAGCAACCAAAACUUCAGUUAAAAGGGCAUCUUUUGACUUGAGCAGCACUCUUUUUAAAUAGUUGACUGAACUUUUGUUCACAUCAAGUUCAUCUAAGUUGCCCAAAUAGAAUGAUGUUUUCCAUAAAGUAGAAGCAAGUUUCGACUCGAACUUAUUCUGAACCUUUUAGUUGUUGAUAAGUGCAUGAGUUACUUUUUCGAGAAUCAAGUUCUGUUAGUAUCCUUUAUGAUCUCUCAUUCAGCAAUAUAGUUUCAUUGGAACACAAAACCUACUAAAAGUGAACUUUUGAGUUCACUGCUUAAGUAAAAUCUAAACUUUUGGUUGCUUUUUUUUCAUUUGUUUUCUUGUUUUAGUUCUCACAAAAUAGCCUCAAAGGAUUCAGAAGUUGCUACGUUGAUUUUUUUUUUAAUUAUUCUUCCAGUCAUUCUUCGAGGUUUGACACUAGCAAGACUUCCUCAAAUGUUCAGGCGUUCUAUCAAUCAUCCUUGUAACAGUUCAUCGGACAUUUCCACAGAAGUUCCAUCAGACAUUAUUUAAGGAUUGGUCUAAGUAAUACCUCAUGAAUUUUCUCAGAAAUAUCUCUAAUGAUUUCCAAAUUCAGAAAUUCACUUCAACUGCAUUACAUUGUUUAAGUGUUCUUUAUACUGUAUUACACCACCUUCAGGUUCAAUCGAUGUUAGACGAUUCUGAUAUUGUUUAUAGAAUCAGACAAGCUGAUGUUUUUUUCACAGAAUUCCGGUUAUUAGUUUCAGCACAGAUGAUAGUAAUCAUUUGAACAUAAAACUGUUUCCUAUUAUAUGCAAUAUUUUGAGGUAUUGUCUCAUUAUUUUGCCAUAUUUUUA